AUUUGCAACGCAGAUCCCUCUUUAUAGGCUCUUCCUUCUGGCCAGGCAGUCUGCAAAAGCCACGGCACCCACAUAGGAACGGUCCUCUUCCUCUUGUGUUUCAUUGUUCUCUUUUUUGCCUUGAUGGCCCAAUCAAAGCCUAAUCCUUCCAUUGAUCCCAACAAUGGAUUCUGUAGCAAAACCAAAACUUACUAUAGCUUAAGGCCAGCCGUUUCUCUUCCUCCGCCUUCUCAGCCUCUCUCCAUUACUCAAUUCACUCUUUCUCUUCUUCAAACCUCCACCACCGCCACUCCUUCCGCUACUUUUCUUGUCAACGGUCUCACCGGUCAAACUAUCACCUACGCUCACUUCAUCCGCCAGCUUAACUCCCUUUCCUUCUCCCUCAACAGACACUAUUCUCUCCGCCGAGGCGACGUCGCUUUCAUUAUUUCCCCUCCCUCGCUCAACGUCCCUGUUCUUUACUUUUCUCUCCUCGCACUCGGUGUUGUCAUCUCUCCUGUCAAUCCUCUCAGCUCCGAAUCUGAAAUUUCUCACCAAAUCAACCUCUGCAAGCCUUCCAUCGCUUUCGCCACGUCACAUACUUCCCACAAACUCCCGUCUAAUCUCCGUACAAUCCUUAUUGACUCGCCGCUGUUCGUUUCCUUAUCAAACCAGAACCAAAACGACGACGUUAAUUUCAUUAAUUCUACUCUUGGAGUUGAGGUAAACCAGUCCGACUCGGCAGCUAUUCUUUACUCUUCCGGAACUACUGGGAAAGUCAAGGGUGUGUUGUUGACCCACCAGAACUUGAUUGCGUUAAUUUCUGGACUCUACCAGUUGAAUCCGGAGCAUAAUCCAGAUGAACCGCCACUUCCACAUCCGGUUUCGUUAUUCACGCUGCCUUUGUUUCAUGUUUUCGGUUUUUUUAUGUUGUUGAGGGCCCUUUCUCUGGGCGAGACACUGGUUUUGAUGGAGAGGUUUGAUUUUGAGACAAUGUUGAAGGUGGUGGAAAAGUAUAAGGUUACUUACAUGCCGGUUUCACCGCCUCUAAUUGUGGCAUUCAUAAAAUCGGAGUUAACUAAAAAGUACGAUCUUAGCUCGCUUUUAUUGCUCGGUUGCGGUGGAGCGCCUCUGGGGAAGGAGGUCUCUGAGAAGUUUAAGGAGAAGUUUCCCAAUGUGGAGAUUCUGCAGGGAUAUGGCUUAACUGAGACUGGAGGAGGGGCAGCAAGGACCAUGGGACCUGAUGAGGAGAAAAAGUAUGGAUCUGUUGGUCGUCUUGCUGAAUUAAUGGAAGCCAAAAUAGUUGAUCCUGGAACUGGAGAAGCACUACCCCCAGGCCAGAAAGGGGAGUUGUGGUUGCGAGGGCCAACAAUAAUGAAAGGCUAUGUAGGAGAUGAGAAGGCAACAUCUGAAACCUUGGAUUCAGAGGGUUGGUUAAAGACUGGUGAUCUAUGUUAUUUUGAUUCCGAUGGUUUCCUUUACAUUGUUGAUAGGUUAAAGGAGUUGAUAAAAUACAAGGCAUAUCAGGUUCCCCCAGCUGAGUUGGAACAUUUACUUCAAUCCAAUCCUGAAAUUGCUGAUGUUGCUGUGAUUCCGUAUCCUGAUGAAGAAGCAGGGCAGAUUCCCAUGGCCUUUGUAGUGAGAAAACCUGGAAGCAAUAUCACUGCAGCUCAAGUGAUGGAUUAUAUUGCGAAACAGGUUGCACCAUACAAGAAAAUAAGACGCGUAGCAUUUAUCCCUGCUAUUCCAAAAUCCCCUGCUGGAAAAAUAUUAAGGAGGGAACUGGUAAAUCAUGCUCUCUCUGGUAAUUUGUCUAAAUUGUGAUCUGUCUUUCUGAGCAAUAGUGGGGGAUUAUAUCUGUAUUCUCAGAAAUGCUCCAUACUACUUAAUGGUAGGAAGUUAUUGAUGAUAUUUGAGUUGAGAGCAAUUGCAAUUUUUUUUGGGUAUCCAUUUGGGUGUAACAUUAUCAUCCCGGUUCACUUAACCUUUUACCGGGUGAUAAUACAGAAGGAUCUGUUCCCUAUAUUCCUGUUUUCAUUUUUUUUUUUUUUCUGUUUUUAUUCUCUGUGUUAUGUUAGAAACUAUGCAAUAAUUGUUUGAUUGUAUGGAAAACAAGAGAAAGAAUAAAAAGAAGGUUGUCUUCCUA